AUGUUAAGAAUAAUAUUGGCUUUUCUCUUUGGAUUGAGUAGCCGACAUACAUUGAGUUUAUUAUUUGCGACAUUUGACUAUGAUGUCUAUAAUUCUCCUAAUUUUCCUUAUUACGAAUGUUAUUUUGGUAUCUCCAUAAUUGAACUUAAUGUUGAUAAUGAUACUCAUCAAUUCACUCUCAAAACAUUUGUACAUUUAAAAUCAAAUGGUAAAUAUUCAUUUCGUGUGGAUAUUCAAUGCCGUAAUAAAAAUCGAUCAUCUGAGAUAAGUCGUUCAUUGUAUUUAAGUGGUGGUAUUCCUUAUAUUAUUAUUGAAUAUUUUACAAAUAUGUAUACUGUACCCAUUCUACAAUCUUACAUUUAUCCUCAUUUGAGAUUUGAAUUGGAAUCAUUUGCAACAAAUGAUCAUUGUCAAAACGAUGAACAAAUAAAAUUAUGUUCUAUUGUCUGGUAUGCACCAUUUCCAUUAUUUUUAAUGAAUUAUGUUGUGAGUGCAGUACAAAUAACUGUCAGUCUAAUUAAUUUUGGAAAUAUUUACAUACCAGAUUUGUUUGAACUCAUAUAUUUCUAUCCAAAAUCAUUUAAAACAAAUCUAUGGGAUAUCCUAGAUGAAAUUGAAAAAUUAGAUAAAUCAAUACUGAUGUUAAUCGAACAAAAUGGAAUUGACUGGAGUCAUAUGAAUCAACGAUACUAUGAUCAAACGUUCAUAUUAUUUUAUGAUCCAAUAUUUCAAAAUUCACUCGUUGUAAUGUAUGAAGAAAUGAAAUAUAUAAAAUAUUAUGAAAUUCAAAAAAAUUAUCUUAAACGACUUCAACAAGAAUUCGACGUUUGCCCUUUAAGUUAUAAAAAAAAUAUUUUAAAAGAUACAUUAGCUCUAACAGAAAUUGUACUAAUAGCAACAAAAUAUGGAAUACUCAAAUUUCCAUGUACAAAUGAUGAAUAUCCGUGUAUUUUACUAAAACAAUGUAUUAAGAGGUUUAUUGUAUCAACAAACCAACUGCUACAUCGUAGUAUAAUUGGCAUUGGCUAUUCGAUAUUAGAGUUGAAUAUUGAAUCAAAUUAUCGACAUGCUCCAACUGUCUAUUAUAUACACGAUGUAACUAAUGGUGUUAAACAAUCGUUUAACGAUUUAGAUGAUAACGAUGAUUUAAUGAAUAUUAUUGAAGAAUUAAAAGAUAUUACAUCGGAACGAAAAACAAUGAUGGAUUUUUUAAUAGCACAAAAUCUGAUUGUCAAAAAUGGAGUUUUUAUUGAACAUAUUCGAAAUAAUCAAUCGAAUUUUGAUAAAUUUGUAUCUGAACAUAAUAAGAAAAGCCGCAGUUCAUGGUAUACAAUAGUUAGUUCAGCUAUGACCGAAACACGUGUCUUGCUGUUGAUCUAUAUCGGUAAUAAUGUUUAUGAUAGUAAUGUGACACAAAAAUUUCAAAAUUUAUAUCUUGUCACGUUUAUAUUCAAUGAGAAAUUAUGGGGUAUAAAACGUUUACAAGAUUUAAUUAUAUUUACAAAAAAUGGUGAUAUUAUACAAAAUAAAUAUACGAGCAAUUGGAGUAUUAGUGGAAUUGAAACAUCGAAUCUAUUUCAUGGCACUGUGUAUCUCUACGGAAAUGUGAUUCUUGAAGGUAUAAAGUAUUGUCAACAAUUAUUAUUAGUUGAUGAAAUGACUGAUAAAAGUUCACGUUUUACUGUGUUCCGUACAACAUUAAAAGGUCAAGUAAUUGCCUUUUCAUUCGAUGAUAAAAAACUUAUUUAUUUACCACAGCCGUAUUUCUACUAUGACUCGAAAAUAUCUUUAAAUAUUGAAUAUGAAUAUGCCUAUAUUACUCAAAAUGGUCAAAGUAAAUUGAUUGGAUUCUAUACCAAGUAUAACAGUGAUUUACACUGUAUUCUUAUCGAUGAAAAUGUUCACUUUCGUUCACGGCGACUUUUUAUUAAUGAACAUUUGAAAAAACAAGCAAAUAUUAAUUUGAGAUCAAAAUAUCAAGCAACAAAUGUCAUGGAACACUGUCCACAAUAUCAAAUAGAACAAACAAUCACACUGGACGAGAGAAAUAAAUGGCAGACAUAUAAGUACGCAUUUCAAGGUUACAAUUCAUAUUAUAACCGACAAACGACGCAUGUAUGGGAAAUUAUUCGAAAAUAUCAUGAAGAUGUAGAAAUUGUUGUUCAUGGGAUUAAUGAAUAUGUAUUAAAUAUAAUGACAAAUAUACAAUGGAAUUAUGAGAUGAUAUUUGACAUUAAACAUCCAGGUUUAUGGUUUUAUGAAUAUAAUGGUACAAUAGAAUCGAUGUUACCUAUCUCCCAUAAAUUUAAUGAUAAAGAAAAUCAAGUCAUCUAUCUGGAUAAUACGCAAACAAUCGAUAUUGAAUUAAUAUUUACAAUAAAAACAAUAAAUACUAUACUAUCGAUUGAUGCCAGUUCAAUACAUAUCAUUGCAGUAGGUGAUGCAUCCAAAUAUUUAUGCGUUUCACAAACACCAAUUCUAUCCGAACAUUCAAACGAUGAAUUAAACAUUCUCAUACAAAUAACAGAUUGUGCACAACAACAUUUAGAAGAAUUGGUUUCACUUCACAACUAUCGUUGGAAACCGCUUAUUUCUCAAUUAAUUUUUACUUAUCAAAGUAAUGAAAAAGAUUGUUUAUUUUUAUCUUCAAUACACGAACAACUACCUCCUCUUCAAAUAGUUCUCACAUGUCCUCCAUCAAUGAUGGCAUUUAUUGACGAACAUAAAACAAUUGGAUAUAUGAAGGAACUUUGUAAUAAAAAUGUUCAAAAUCCUUUAACAGAAUUGUGUGUAUCGUAUGAUGAAGCAUUUGCUCCAUAUGUUAUUUUAUACAAUCGAAUUAGCCAACAAUCACAUGUUUUUCCAGGUGAUUAUAUUAUUCGUGUUAUUGCCUAUAAAAAUACUUAUUCAAAUGAGCCAUUGAGAUAUUUGAUGGAUAAUGAAAUAUUUCAAUAUAAUAGUAUGGGAAAUAUUAGUACUAGUCAAACAAGAUUAGAUGAAGAUUAUUUUAUAUUGAAAGAACAGUCAAACGGUUAUCGAUCAGGUGAUGGUUAUAUCAUAUUGAACAAUAUGAAAAAUUUAAAGACUACAUGGCAAUGUGGAAGAAAAACACCGUGUUACGAUAUAAAACCAAAAUUUCCAAAUGUUCCUGAUACAACAUUUUUACGUUAG